AUGGCGCCAAAUCCGCCGCCAAGUCAGCGGCAGUUUGAGCAUCCGGCCUCGAGCCAUGCCAAGAAGAAACGCAAGGGCCUUUAUCCAAUUGAGCCCAUCACCGCAUUUUACGUCUUCUUCGCCGCGGGUAUGGUUGCAGCCCUGUUUGCUCCCAUUCAAGAUUGCGAUGAGACGUUCAACUACUGGGAGCCAGCGCAUUACCUCUCCCACGGCUAUGGCUUGCAGACUUGGGAGUAUUCACCAGACUACGCUAUCCGGAGCUGGCUCUACGUCGGGCUCCAUUCAGUAUCCGAAUUCUACUUUAUCCGAUACGGCCUUGCCUUCGUCUGUGCCAUCUGCCAAACCGUCAUGUUUAAAGCCAUCAGCCUGACUAUGAACGGCAGAAUCGGCAUGUUUUUUCUGAUAGCGACUGUCAUUAGUCCCGGGAACUUUCACGCCAGUGCGUCUUUUCUGCCGUCGAGCUUUGCCAUGUACAUGUGCAUGCUUGGCGCGGCGUCAUUUAUGAACUGGCGCGGCGGAAUUAAGACUGCGCAUGGUAUCUUCUGGUUUGCUCUGGCGGGGGUUCUCGGAUGGCCGUUUGCUUCAGCGCUCUGCGCUCCCUACGUCUUGGAAGAGCUGGUUCUUGUGUGCUUCAGUGAUAAGGACGCCUUCAUUGAGGCCAUUAUCCGGUGCUUCCGUGGAGUGAUUGCAGGCUUAAUUGUUUUGUUUUUUGAUUUCUUGAUCAACCUCUUCUUCUAUAAGAAGAUUGCCGUCGUCAGCUGGAAUAUUGUCAAGUACAACAUCUUCUCGUCGACGGGGGGCCCUGAGUUGUACGGAACCGAGCCCUGGACAUUCUAUUUCAAGAAUCUGUUGCUCAACUUUAACAUUUGGUUCAUCCUGGCGCUGCUGGCCUUGCCAUUAUUCCUGCUUCAGAAAGUCAUUUCACCAUCUGGACAAGGUUUCCAGUCAGGCCUGCGUACAGUUGUGUUCGUUGCGCCCUUCUAUAUGUGGCUGGCCAUCUUCACAGCACAGCCUCACAAGGAAGAGAGAUUCAUGUAUCCCGUGUAUCCAUUCCUGGCACUGAAUGCUGGUAUUGCGCUUCACAUCGUGUUGGCCGCUAUUGGAAGUACCAACCCUAGCACAAUUGCUGGAAAGAUUCCGGCUCGACUAAAGUUCUUGGCCGUCAGUGCUGUGAUGCUCUUGGCUUUCGAUGUCAGUCUCGCUAGGCUCUACGGCAUUUACUCUGCGUACUAUGCUCCGUUGAGCAUUUACUCGCGGCUUUGGCAGUCAAGUCACGGCCAGCCACCGCUGGGCAGGGAAGAAGAUCUCGUGUGUUUCGGGAAGGAGUGGUAUCGCUUUCCAUCGUCUUACUUCCUGCCACGGGAUAUGCAUGCCAAAUUUAUUCGGUCUGAAUUCCGGGGUCUUUUGCCCGGUGAAUUCUCCGAAGCCAAGAUUGGAUUUGGCUUCUGGAGUGGUACGUGGCUUCCAACCAGCGGCUUCAAUGAUCGAAAUGAGGAGGAUCCCGGCAAGUACGUCGACGUCAGGGCGUGCUCAUUCCUGGUCGACACCCAGUUUCCUCUUCGGACAGAGCCCUUGCCCCCGAACGAGCCGGAUUACAUAGCAGACAAGGACACGUGGGAGGUGGUCCAAUGUAGGCCAUUCUUGGAUGCUGCCAACACGCAUGUCUUGGCGAGGACCUUAUGGAUCCCUGAAUUGGAGGUCGUACCACAGAAGUUUAGAAGAAGGUGGGGGCAGCAUUGCUUGCUACAUCGUAAGGGGGCCUAA